AUGGGAGAUGGAGAAAGAGAAGGAGAACGAGAACGAGAAGGUGAAGUAGAAGAAGAAGUUGAAUUUGAAGAAGGAGAAGGAGAAGGAGCAGGAGAAGGAGAAAGAGAAGAAAGAGAAGAAGGAGAAGGAAAAGAAGAAGAAGAAGGAGACAGAGAAGGAGAAGGAGACAAGGAAGUUGAAAUGGGUGAACGAGAAGGAGAAGUAGAAGGAGAAGGAGAAGGAGAAGAAGGAGAA